UGUGCUGGAAGGGACACUACAGGCAGGUGCAGAGGGGAGAACCACGACAGAAACAAACUAUGGCACUGCAGGAAUACAAGGACACAAUAGCCAUAUUGGCUACCAUAGUGACCAUUGUCCAGUUCCUCAGCGGGACGGACAUCUGCCGCAAGAUUGUCAAACAGGGGUCGACGGGGGAGAUCUCAGGAUUCCCCUUCGUAGGUGGUGUCUUCUCGACCAGCAUGUGGCUCACUUAUGGCUGGUUGUUGCAUGACCUUUCUAUGACAGUCACCAAUGGCGUAGGUUUUGUUCUCCAGUUCCUGUACCUGGCCAUCUACCUAAGGUAUUGCAUCUCCCCUGGUUCUUGGUAUGCAGUCAGAAGACAGAUGAUUAUUCUGUUUGGUGUCGCUGGGGUGGUGCUCUAUUACGUUUUCUUCUCAGGUGUUGCAGUUGAAGAAAUUAAACCCAAAGUGGGCCUGGUGUGCUGUGUGGCAAGCGUGAUCUUCUGUGCAGCGCCCCUGAUCUCCCUCACUGAAGUGUUCCGCACACAAUGCACUGAGACCCUGCCCUUCCCUCUUAUAUUGGCCACCUUCUUAGUCACGGGACUGUGGUGGCUCUACGGCAUUACUAUUCAGAAUGGCUUUGUGCAGUAUCCCAACCUGAUUGGGUGUGGCCUCUCUGGUUUCCAGCUCCUGCUUUUCACCAUGUACCCAAGCAAGAGGAAAGGUGAUGUGGAUGGAGAAUUGAGACAGGUGUAGCUGGCUAGGUUGAGCUUCCAGAUGACAGUUCAGCACUUUCGUUGAAGAGUUAAAUGGCCAUGCAAAUCUUACAUUUAAAUAUUUCUUCCGUGACAUGACAUGACUCGGCUAACCAUUUAACAUAUUCCCACUAUUUUUUCGUAAUUUAUUUUUAUCUUCUUUUGCCCUUCAUGGGUAAGGUGCAUUUAAUACUACUGAAGGAAAUCAAAAGUGUGUUGUUAUUUUUUUUCUGUCUUCCGUUAUUAAUAUUAUUAUUCCUGUAAGUGUUUCAAAGUUUUUCAUGACAUUAACGUCUUCCCGUACAUUUUCUUCCAAUGACAUAUCUGCAUAUGCCAGUAUUGGGAAUGGAGUUUUAUUCAUGACCAAUGCGUCCGAGAAAGCAUUUACACUUUGUUGGUCCUACAUCUUCGUAAUGAUAUGCAACGACAAGAUAAGAUAUAUUGCUGUGUGGAUGUUUAUUCAGUGUGUGAAGAAUGUUGUUUUCAAGUGUACAGCAUAUAUUUUGUACUUUUGGGUGAUGUGUUAUUUUUAGACUGGUGUUCUCUUUAUAUUUUCUGGUAACUCCAUGCAAGAUUUUUAUCCUCUUAACACAUUUGGCACGGAUGGCAAGAAUACAUGCCAUACCCACUGUAAUAUAAGCUUAUUUGUUGUAUUUACACAUAGGUGGCUCUACAAGUGCUUAGUCACCAAGGAGUCAGUAAUUAGUCCUACCUAUCUAAC